UUUGUUUUAACUUCGGUGUUUGAAUCGUCGUCCUCGUAUUAAACGUACGUUUAACAGACAGCUAUGUAACAUUAAUGUAACAUUAAUGUAACGUUAUAUAUAUAUACCUAAAGGCUGAAUUACUGGACUACCUAACACGAUGAUGCGUAAAAAGCGCCGGUCCUCCGUGGAUAAAGGAGAGGAAGCUGCCACGGCCACCAAGUCAAAGAAGAGUCGGAGCGCUGGUCGUCAGCCAAAGGAAGCUCCCUCGGAAGAGACAAAUCAAAGUGUGUUUGGCGUUUUCCUUCGAGAGGCAGGUGUCACCCUCAAACAAGGUGGCACGUCCAAUGAGAUAGCUGUUGACCAAGUAGUCUUCCAGAAAAGGAUACAGAAACAACUGAAGAAGAGUCCCAGGUACCCUGGGAUUGUACAGGAGUUCACCGCUGGAUUGGAGUCUCACAUCGAGGACCCUGAGCGGUUCAGGAACUGCCUCCUUCCAUGUGUCCCACGGUUAUCUGACGGAGACUCCAGUUGUGUCAGCUCAUUCCAGGAGAGUCUGCUACGCAUGCUGUUGGGGAUCGAGAUGCUGCAGACUUUCAUCAUUAACAUCUUGCUGGAGAAACUCCCUGAAUAUAUGUUGGAUGGCCCUGCAGAUGGAGGCCUCAGUAUUCCCCGCAUAAUAAUUAACCAGCUUAAAUGGCUAGACAGAGUCGUGGACAGCAAGGAGCUGGCGACGAAGCUCAUGGAGCUGGUGUCGGUAGCACCAGUGGAGGUCCAGCGUGACAUCAUCACCAGUCUGCCUGAGAUGCUGGACGACUCCCAGCACAAUGAUAUAGCCAGAGAGCUCAACACUUUACUCCAGGAGAACACUCAGUUGACCGUCCCCAUCCUGGAUGCCCUCUCUAGUCUGAACCUCAGCUCCUCAUUACUGACUGAGGUUCGUGGAGCCGUCAUGGCCACUUUGGCUGCCGUGCAACUGGAAGACCUGCCUGUGGUGGUCAAGUUCAUCCUGCACGCUGUCUCAGCCUCUGAUGCGUACGAGGUGGUGUAUAAUCUUCGUAAAAAGCUGGAGCUGGAGCAGUGUGUCCUCCUGCCUGCGUUGCAGGCCUCCCAGAGCCGCAUUAAGAAAAAAGGAUCAGUAGUGUCUGCUUCCACACCAGCAGCUGGCAGCAGCCAGGACAGCGUUACACUGAUACUGGACGGCAUCAAGUCAGCAGUGCGAUUCCAGAAAACAAUAUCUGAAGCGUGGCUCAAGGCAAUCGAGUCUGUGGACGAAGUGGAGGACCAUAAGGUGAUAGAUCUGCUGGUGCUCUUUAUCCUCCACUCCACCAAUGCCAACCAGAGCCGGCGCGGAGCGGAGAGAGUGCUGAAGAUAAAAGUGAGGACUGGGCUGAUCCAGGACGCUCUGCUCCAGAGAACCUUCAGGGACUACGCUCAGGUCAUGCGAGGGUAUUUCCCCUCCAUCCUGGCUCUGGCUCAGACUUUGCUGCGCUCCCCCGACCCCUGCGUGGUGCCUUUCGGUGGACACAUGUACCGACACGCGUUCACUGCUUUCGACUCUUACUGCCAACAGGAAGUGGUGAGCUCUUUAGUGACCCAUGUUUGCAGCGGUGUGGGCGGGGAGGUGGACAUGGCUCUGGAACUGCUCAGUGGCCUGGUUACGGAAAAACCUUCAGAAAUGUCUUUGUAUGCUGUUUUUGUCAAGGGAAUCUUGGACUACAUGGACAACCUCACACCCCAGCAGAUCCGCAGACUGUUCCACCUUCUGAGCAGGCUGGCCUUUGGUCAACAGCAGCAGGGAUCUCACAUCCAGGAUGACAUGCACAUAGUGAUCCGCAAACAGCUCUCCAGCACCGUGCCGAAGUACAAGCGUAUCGGUAUUAUCGGCGCUGUUAUGAUUGUGGGCAGCAUGGGGGCCUUCAGGCUUAAAGUAAAGGAGUCACAGAACGGGUCGUUACCCCAGGAGACGUUCAGACAGGUGACCGCCCUGUUGGAGCUGGUGAAGUCGAGCAGUGAAAGCUCACCCGAGGCUGCAGCUCUGUACUAUGAUGAACUUGCCAACCUGAUCCUGAUCUCCAACCUGGACCCUCAGGUGCAGGAAACGAUCGCAGACAGUGUCGUACGUGACUUCCAGGAUGACUUUGUGGUGGAUGUAGGACCAGAGAUAUCGGGUUCCUUUCCUUUUCCAGCCUGUGUGAUGUACAACCUGGAUGAGAAGGAGAGUCAGGAAAACAUUGCCAUCAACCUGCUGCCUGUACUGGCCAAAGACAUGCAGAACAAAGGAGAGCAGCAGAGUCAAACCAAGAAGGCUCACAGGCGAGUGUCUCCUCUCUGUCUGUCUCCAUUUUUUCGCCUUCUGAGACUCUGCGAGGAGAAGCAGAAUGAGGGAGGCCUCGAGGAGAUCGACGGCCUGCUGGGUUGCCCUGUGAUCCUGACAGACAUGGACGUAGUAGAGAAAAUGGAGAGCCUGUCGAAAGCAGAGAAGGAGUUCCUCUGUACUCUGCUGUUUCACACCAUCAACUGGUUCAGAGAGAUCAUAAAUGCAUUUUGUAGACAAAAAGAAACUGAGAUGAAGAUGAAAGUGAUGACUCGCCUGCAGAACAUCACGUACCUUCAGACACUGCUGGAGAGGGCGUUGGCAGAAACGCCUGGAUAUGUUCCCCCCGUUGCCAACUUUGAUGGAGAAAGCACAGAUGGGACAAUGCUUAGUACCAGUGCUCCUGUAAAUAAGGCAAAGAAAGAGGGCACAGGAAAGAAAAGGAAGGCCCCUGCUAAGAAUUCCUCAGAGAGCAGCUCUCAGCUUGACGAGUCGACUGAAGCAGACAAAACUCAGCAGGAGCAACCGGAGAAGGAGAAAGAAAAGGAGAUCCGGCAAGGCGUCAGUCUCGUGUCCUACAGACAGUUUUUCAGAGAGCUGGACAUCGAGGUGCUCAGUGUGCUGCAGUGUGAUUUGAUUUCCCGCUCACUGCUGGACUCUGAGCUCAACACCAAGGCAGUAGAGGAGGUUGUGCUCGGUCCUGCUGAGCUGGUUUUCCUGCUGGAGGAUAUGUUUCGCAAACUGGAGUUCAGUCUUACAGCUGCACCUGCCAAGAGAUCCCCCUUCCUCAAGGGAAGGACUGAUAAGAGUGUAGGCUUCUCCCAUCUACAACAGAAGAGCUCCAAGGAUAUCGCUUCCUGCUGUGUUGAGCUGCUGCCCGCCCUCUGCUCACACCUGGAAAACUGCCACAACCAUUUUCAGACGCUUCUGUCUGAGAACAACGGUGUCGUGGACGGACCUGCCACAGACGUUCAGGAGCACCAGCUGAUGUCCUCGGCCUACCAGCUGCUCCUGCAGGUCCUGAACACCGCUUUCAGCUGGUCUGGAUUUAGCCAGCCAGGACAGCGGAACUUACUGAAGAAGGCUCUGGGAGUUAUGGCUGGACGACUAAAAGAGGGAGGUGCAGAGUUGACCCUGGAGCAGCUUGUAAAACACAGCUUCGAGUACCUGGUGAACUUCCGCAGCACAAUGCCAAAUCUCAGCACAGCCCUGUGUCUCUCCCAGCUUCUGUCCACUGUGUCAGAGAAAGGAGGGAACCCCGCUGCCUACAGAGAGCAGACCGCCUCCCUCGCAAAACGUUUCCUGAGCCAAGAGUGGGUGACGGCCAGCGGAGAGAAGGAGCGUGGGAACAAAUUCAACGAAGCACUUCACACUCUCCUAAGCAUCUACCUGGAGCAUGUCGACGACGUUCUGAAGGCAGUGGAGGAAAUAGCCGGAGAAGGAAUCCCCGAGCUCCUCAACGCAUCAAAAGAUGAGAGCUCUGCAUCGUGGCCCACUCUCAGCAGGCAGACGUUCCUGGUUUUCUAUAAAGUGUUGUUGGCAGAGCUGGAAAAGGCUGCCAGGAAGAUUCCUGCUUCCAAAAACAGUGACAGCACUGAGGUCAGCCACCAGGCUCAGAGUGAGAAGCUGCUGACAUGGAACCUGGCUGUCAGAGAUUUCCACAUCCUAGUCAACCUAGUUAAGGUGUUUGAUUCGAGGCCGGUGCUCAGCGUGUGCCUGAAGUAUGGACGCCAUUUCCUGGAAUCUUUCCUGAAGUUGGGGAUGCCACUAUUAGACAACAGUUUCAAGAGGCACAAGGAGGAUGUCCAGAGCCUUCUGAAAACCUUCCAGCUCAGCACUCGCCAGCUGCAUCACUUGUGUGGACACUCUAAGAUUCACCAGGAUAUGAGCCUGACCAACCACGUACCAGCCUUAAAGAAGAGCCUGGAGCUGUUUGUUUACAGAGUGAAGGCCAUGCUGACGCUCAACAACUGUCAGGAGGCAUUUUGGAUCGGAAACCUGAAGAAUCGCAACCUGAAGGGUGAAGAGAUUCUUUCUCAGAGGUCACAAGAAAGUGAAGAUGAUGGCGAGGAGGAGGAGGAGGAGGAACGACGUUCACCACAGCCUGAGGAAGAGUCAGAGGAUGAGGCCCAGGAAACGGACCGCGGGGAAAGUAAGAAGGGCGCCAAAGAGGACGAGGUGGAGGAAGAUAUUUCAGACGACUCUGACUAACAGAGCAACAAACUGUCGGGUUUUAUUUUAAACGUUUUGUGAAUGCUCUUUUGACGUUUCUGAUGCUAGACACUUGGUAAAAGUAAAAGUGCUGCUCCUCAGAGUGCAAAUAUCAUCCAUAGUACUAGUAUAUUGCCACAUUUCUUGUAUUCGUAUGUAUGCAGCAAUAACACUGCAGGCACAUUUUAAAAAUUCAUGAAAUGCACUUACGUACGUCUGCAGGUUUUCGUUUCUGUUGAAGAUGAAACAUGCCUAAUAAUUAGGUGUUGUA